AUGAGCUACUGCAACAUGGGAGGGAAGCGCUUCGGAGCCGGGCUGGGAGGAGAAGGCUCCGUGCCAAAUUCGCUUUCCUUGGAAAUACGCGCUCUCUUGGAUGAGCUGCGCGCAGGAGGAGCGCGGGGACCGAGCGGAAAGCGGGGCAGAGAGGGAGGCAGCGGGACGGGGAUCGCACCUGCCGGCUGUCCGAGUGUCCGUGUGUCCGUGUGUCCGACUGUCCGACUGUCCGUGUGUCCGGCUGUCCGUGUGUCCGGCUGUCCGAGUGUCCGGCUGUCCGAGUGUCCGGCUGUCCGAGUGUCCGAGUGUCCGUGUGUCCGGCUGUCCGUCCGCGUCCCUCUGCUCCUCCAGCGCCCGGCUCCAUCUCCUUCCUCCGCGGGGUUUUUCCAUCCUCCCGAACUCUGUUUGCCCCCUCUCCAAAAUAAAAAACUUUCCGGACUGGCAGAGGAAGAUCCAGCGAUGAUCGCCCGUGGCCGUUCCGGACUGCGCCUGGCUCUGUGCGCCCUGGGGCUGGCGCUGCUGGGGGAUGUGUCCCGGGCUGUCCCCAUGGACGAGCAGGAUUAUUACCUGCAGGAAAUCACCGACAGGGAUCAUUAUUACUCCUUUCCGUAUCCCGGGGAAGAGUUUUUCCCUUUCACGGAGCAGCCCGGAGAGGAAGGACCUGUCCGUGCUGCGGAGACGGAGGAGCGCCCCGCGCUCAAAGCGAGCAGGAAGGAGUUAAAACCGAAGAAAAACAACAAAAAGGGAAAAUCCAUUCUUGAAACGCCACCAGAUUGCCCUCCACUUGGUCUGGAGACAUUAAAAAUUACUGACUUCCAGCUCCACGCCUCCACAGCCAAGCGCUACGGCCUCGGGGCCCACCGGGGCAGGCUCAAUAUUCAGGCAGGUGUUAACGAAAAUGAUUUUUAUGAUGGUGCUUGGUGUGCAGGAAGAAAUGACCCCUACCAGUGGAUUGAAGUAGAUGCUCGAAGGCUGACAAAAUUCACUGGAGUCAUCACGCAGGGAAGAAACUCCCUCUGGUC